AUGGCAGUAUCUGAAUAUCAACGGGAAUUUGUUCAACUGAGUAAAUAUGCCAGAGAAUCUGAAGAACUUAGUAAAGAGAAAAGACAAGCUGAGAUUAAAGCUAGAGUUCCAAGUAAAAGAUUUACGGGAAAGUCACACCAGCCAGCAUCAAAGAAAUCAAAGAAAUAUUAUGAUCGUUCUACUACCUCUGCAGGAUAUUCAGGUAGAGACAGAGGUACUCGACGCUCUAGUCCAAGAUCUCAGGCUACAUUUGUAGCAAGUGCGGAUAGUGUUAGAAACACCAAACCCAGGUGCAAGCAUUGUAAUAAGCUACAUUUUGGUAAGUGUAGAAUGAAGAGUGGAGCUUGUUUCAGAUCUGGUUCCUUUGACCACUAUCUUAGAUAUUGCCCGGAGAAACCUGAAAAAGAUAGUAUUCAACCUUUGAGGCUGAGCAACGUAGCUGCGAAAGGUAGACUGCCUCGUAAUCUUGGAAAUACAAGUGGUAAUCGUGGUGUGACAAAAUACUUCACUGUAAAAUCUAAAGCACGAGCACCAGUUAGGACUUAUGCUAUAUGUGCACGUAAAAAUGCCUCUAUGCCAGAUGUUAUUACUGGUACUUUCUCUCUUAUUGAUAAUGGUGUAACUGCUUUAAUUGAUCCUGUGUCUGAAUCAAAGAUUAAAUCAGUGCCAGUGGUUUGUGAGUAUCCUGAUGUGUUUCUAGAUGAGUUACCUAGAUUACCGCCAGUUAGAGGAGUUGAAUUUGCUAUAGAUCUUGUACUGGGAACAACACCAACAUUGAUAGCAUCAUACAUGCUGAGCAUUUGA